AAAUUUGCAACAAUGCAAUAAUUUUUGUUGGUCGUAAAUUUACCACAACAAGUCCAGUGUUUACCUUCCAAGUUUGACAUUUUUCUUGUCUGUCAAUCGUUUAGUUCUUUCUCCACCAAUCUAAAGUAACUCUUUCCUUGCACUUCAAUUCGGAAACUCUGUGUGGUCCAUUUUUCAUUACUUUAGUUAUGUUAUGUUUUUAGCCAACUUGAGGAGUCUAGGUUGUGGUAGAGGUUGUAUGGUGUAUGCCUGUGACAGUGAAGAGCUCCUUACAACUAUGUCUCAAGAGCCUGUGAUUCUCAAUGUCUAUGACAUGUAUUGGUUCAACCAGUACACGACACCAGUUGGAUUAGGAGUCUUCCACUCAGGAGUUGAAAUCUAUGGGCAAGAGUACGCGUAUGGUGGACAUCCUUACCCUUUUACCGGAGUUUUCAAUAUUAAUCCAAGAGACUGCAACGAGUUGGGAGAACAGUUCAGAUUUAAGGAAAGUGUCGUUGUCGGUCACACCGACUUCACCGAAGCAGACGUAAAGCGAAUAAUUUACGAACUGGGCAAAGAGUAUCGUGGUGAUCGAUACCAUGUCAUGAACAAAAAUUGUAACAAUUUCUCCUCAGAUUUAGUGCAAAUUCUUUGCGGUCAAGACAUACCAUCAUGGGUGAAUCGCUUGGCAUACUUUAGUACAUGGGUUCCAUUUCUUCAGCGAUGUCUACCUGGGGAGUGGCUAACUCCGUGCGUUCUACAAAAUUCCAUUUCUCAACAGCGCCAAUCUAGUAACAAUUCUUCACCAUCAAAUUCCCUCUCCUAACAUCUUGUACCGUCCUGCUCCUAAUUGUGGAGGAUUGCCCGAUCGGUAACGCUGAUUUUUGUUAGUAGGUGUAUUGCGUGUAAAAUUUUGUACAGGAUUAUGUUGACUGAUUUUUAUUAUUAAUUAUUAUUAUUACGGACGUUUGGCGAUCAAGUACGUCUAAAACAUGAAAAAUAAUUUAUGAAGUCAUCAGAGGUUCAGAUUUUUUUUAUUUUCUUCCUUUUGCCAGAAGAUUGAGUUUUCACAAGUUUACAUCUUAUUAUGGAAACAGCAUCUCAAAAUAUUGUUUUUGAGGAUGACAUGAUUGCUUAAGAAUGAGGAUCUUUUUCUCAUGAUUUAUGGACCUCUUUCCCCUUAAUUUUACAGUCGCACGACUCCUGGGCCUCUUGAUCAGUUGAAAAGCAUCACACUUUUUAGACUAAUCAAAGGGCAUGAUUUUUUACCAUUUCUUUGGAAAUCUCUCUUUGGUCGAGCUUUUGACCAAUCAUAAGCCAGUGUAUUUUGUUGUAACUUAGAAUUCUUACUGUUGGUGAAGUUUCCUUGCUUACGCUUAUGCUCCUCCGUAAUUGAAUAGCGGCGUAUAAAAACUGCUCUUGUCCAUUUUUCUUUCUAAUUCCGAGAAAACUUCCUAAAAAUGCUUAUAUCUUUUGAUUAUAGGAUCAAAAAUUGUAUAAAGGCCAAUUAUUACAGGAUUGGAAUUGUAGGAAAGGAUCUCUAAAUGUAUUCUAGCUAUGAAGGUGUAAUUAAAAACAAAGGACACCGGACAUUAGUGGUUUUCACAUGAUAUUUAAAAAUCUCCAAGUUUUAAAAUUGUUUGACUUCUUCAAAAUUCAUCCAAAAGAGAUUGAAAUGUAAGAAUAUUAUUCAAGUAAAAUUGAUAAAACUAAAACCCUGAACAAUUGUGGCAGUUAAAAGAAGUUCCUUGAUGGAGGUACCAAGAAUAACUUGGACAUUAGCGGUUUUCGCCCAAUUCAUGUGUAGUCAGUUUGAAGAAUCGAAGACGCAGAUUAUUGAGUACAAAGUUACUCAAAAAUUAACAUAAAGCAAAGUAUAAAGUAUCCAUGAUUCUAAGUUGAUAUUUAUUCUUCAGAUUAUUUUAAUCUAAUCUCACACCACUAAAGACAGACGUAAAUUAGCGGUUUUUGGACAGCUUUCAGAAUUGGCAAAUGGGGCAUGGUUUUUCUCCUCCAAUAGGGGUUAAAACCCAAAAAAUAGAUAUUUUUAUCACAACAGUGGAUGCCUUUAACCUUGAAAAGUAUCAGAAACUAAAAAUUCCAAAAUUGAAAAAAUGAAUUCCAGCAGUUUUUGAACAACUGUGUUCCAUUAAUUGAUACUUCACCAAUCAUGAUACAGUUUUAUUUUAUUUAAAUUAUUACUUAAUACAUUGAGAAACAUGAA